AUGGCGAUUGAUGAUCAAAGAAUGUGUCGGCAACUUGAUAUGGGCGUGGCAGCAGUAUUCGGACCUCCCACUUCUAAAUCAGCCACAGCAGUACAAUCGGUGCUCAAGGAGCUGGAGGUCCCCCACGUUGAAGCCAAUUGGGACCACCGAAGACUUCACGAUCGUUUCUCAAUCAAUUUAUAUCCAGCCCCUAGUUUGAUAUCAAGGGCGAUCGCCGACGCCGUUGGGCAUUAUAAAUGGAAAAAAAUUGCAGUUUUAUACGAAAAUGAGGAAAGCUUGGUGAGGCUGCAGGAUGUUAUCAAGCUAUCGUCGCAGCUUCAUAUUACCAUCAGUGUACGACAAUUAGUCCCGCCAAAUUUUAAAUCUGUGCUAAAAGAGAUCAAAAACAGAGGUCUUAGUCACGUGAUCGUUGACUGUGAGUUUGUGCACGUUAUAGAAGUCCUUGAACAGGCCUUAGAAGUUCAAAUGUUGACUCAUAACUUUCAUUACUUCUUUACAAGUCCGGAUUUCCAUCUCUUAGACGUCGAAAGGUACAGCGAGGGAGGGGUGAAUUUAACUUCGUUCCGGAUGAUAAACGAGGAUGACCCAAAGGUGCAGACAUUACUUAGAGAAUGGAGAAUAAGACAGAGGGAAGAAGACGUUCCGCUACAGAGACGUAACAUGACGACUGAGGUGGCGCUAAUCUAUGACGCCGUUGAUGUUUUCACCCAAGCUUUGGAGUCUUUGGAUAUUGGUCAAUCACUGACAGUACGUGAACUGUCAUGUCAGAAACCUACUACAUGGCAUUAUGGACUCAGUCUGUUCAACCAUCUUAGCUACGUAAACAACUGGCAAGGUAUUACCGGCAGAAUACAAUUCGACGAAAACGGUUUGCGAACUUAUGUCAAGAUGGACUUGAUGGAGCUUGUCGGUUCUCGUUUACAAAAGGUGGGAUUCUGGGAACCCGCCACGGGUACGAACUAUACAAUGAAAUCUGGCCGUACGGACGACAACUCAACAGAAUCAUUGAAAAACAAAACAUUUAUUGUGACUACAAUAUUGGAAAAUCCUUACGUUAUGAGAAAGAAAGCAGAAAAUGGAAAAGUACUGGUGGGGAACGACCAAUAUGAAGGCUUUUGUGUAGAUCUGCUCGAGGAGAUUAGUCAAAUACUGGGGUUCAAAUAUAAAAUCGAAUUGGUGCCAGACGGCAAAUAUGGCGCUCCCGAGGAGGACGGUCAGUGGAAUGGAAUGGUAGGACAACUAAUAGCAAGGAAAGCAGAUCUCGCGGUGGCUCCAUUAACUAUCAGCUACAUCAGAGAAAAAGUCAUCGAUUUUGCCAAACCCUACAUGAAUACCGGUAUUUCUAUCCUGUAUCGCGUGCCUGAAAGCAAGAAUCCUGGAGUGUUCUCAUUUCUAAGUCCUCUGGAUUUCGAUAUAUGGUUGUACAUGCUCUUAGCAUACCUCGGUGUCAGCGUAUCUCUUUUCAUCCUAGCUAGGUUCAGUCCAUACGAAUGGUAUAACCCACAUCCAUGUAACCCAGAGUACGAUAUGGUGGAGAAUCAGUUUAAUCUCAUGAACAGUCUCUGGUAUAGUUUCGGUGGAUUGAUGCAGCAGGGUUCAGAGGUCGCCCCGCGUGCGCUGUCUACACGAGUUGUCAGUGGGAUGUGGUGGUUCUUCUCACUCAUCAUCAUUUCUUCAUACACUGCUAACUUGGCUGCUUUCUUAACUGUCGAGAGAAUGGUGUCACCCAUCAAGGACGUUGACGACCUGGCUUCACAAACUAAAAUUGAAUACGGGACGUUGUCGUCUGGAUCUACUACAACGUUUUUCAAGAAUUCUAAUAUUGAAAUCUACCAGAGGAUGUGGUCGUUUAUGAGUUCCAGACAGCCAAGUGUCUUCGUGAGCACCACGGAGGCUGGAAUUGAACGAGUUCUCAACUCUAAGAACUACGCGUUUCUAAUGGAAGUGACCUUCAACGAAUACGUGACUGCACGAAACUGUAAUCUCACGCAAAUAGGGGGUCUCCUCGACUCAAAGUUUUACGGAAUCGGCACUCCACUUGGUGCUUCGUACCGGGACGACAUUACCAUAGCAAUACUGCAAUUACAAGAGGGCGGUGCGUUACAAGAGAUGAAGAAAAAAUGGUGGUACUCCGAGGGGUCAUGUGAACGGAAGGACAAGAAGCAAGAGGCCAACGCCCUUGGAUUUGGGAAUAUAGGCGGGAUUUUUUUCGUACUCAUAGGUGGCAUCGUUUUAGGAGUUAUAUGCGCAUUUGGAGAGUUUAUAUGGAAAUCGAAACAGAACGCAGCACUAGAUAGAAAAUCUUUAUGUGCAGAAAUGGGACAGGAACUAUCGUUCGCUAUUCGAUGCCAGUCAAAGAAACCUCUACCCAAAGAUUUAGAAGAGAAAUACAUAGAAAUGGCGCAAAUCGGGCCACCACAAAGGCACAACCCUACUUCACCAAACCUGAAGAACGGCAGCACAAUCACCAUGCGAGAAAACGUGGCGUAGCCAGGAAAAUGCAGUUUAUUGACCGAGCAAAUAAUAAACAAUAUAUAACUAACCAACAUAUUGGGAAUUGACGUUUCCCGAAUAUCUCGUCUUCCAUAAGAGCACAAAUUCAGAUCCAACAAGUGAAAAAAACAAACAUUUUUCAAGUGGCGGGAUUUUAGUGGACAUCAUCGAAUGACUGACAUUUCGGUAAACCGACAUAAAUGCAAACUAUAAAUAAACAUUCAAUAUGUUCUCUGC